CAACUCACAUGAGUUCCCAUGAGUUCAGAAACUGACUGACAGGUAAAUCCUGUUAGGACUCACUGGUUCCCUGCCUGUGUGCGAGGACAAAUCAGAGAGGGAAUGAAGGAAUAAGACAGAAGGAAAUGCAUUUCUUACACUUUAAGUCAAGAAGAUUCGUUUUUGUGGAGAAAAAGAAACAUGCAAACAGGUUUGAAAUGAGUCACAAGCCAAUAAAACCAGUGCAUUAAAGCUCAGAUGUCUCAAAGGUUUGUCUGCAAAUGUGCACUGAAAAUAUGUAGCACAGGACCUGAACAUGAGUAUCACUGACAUGUAUGAGAGUGAAUACAGCUGAGUUAAAUAAUCUCCUACUCACUAGGUGGCGAUGUAGAGUGUAGUUUUACAUUUCCGGAUAACCAGAUAUUUGUUUCUUACAGAGACACACUUUCAGUCAGGUAAAGCCUGGUGAGGUACAGCAGUGGUUAAAGUGAAGUCAUCCAGUAAAUAGAUACGAGCUGAUAUUUCUUUAAAAUCAUUUCAUUUCUUCGUUUUCAUCCAGUGAAGCAGCAGGUAGAGGAAGUCUGAAGAUCCUGAUCAGCCAGGAUGAUUCUUUUCUCUGUUCUUUAUUUGAUUUCUAUGACUUGCUUUGUUGAUUCCUAAUUUUACUUUUAUUCCAUUUCCCCCUGAAGUUCCAUAGUACAGAAUGUUAAAUUAAUGUUUUGACAUAUAAUAUUAUAAAUGUAUAUUCAUUUACUUUUUUAUUUUUAAGACUUUUCUUUCUUAUUAUUUUUGUUUUUUGUUUCAUUUUAUUUUUCCAUCAUUUUAUUUCCCCCUCGCUCUCCAUUAAUAAAAAACGCUUCCUCAGCUGAGGGCGGGGCCACGCGGACCAUGGCGGACUCUCGUUCACGCCCCUUCAGGCGCGCUCCCGGGCCGUGUCCGCCUCAGUAGCAGCAGGAGCAGCUCGCCGUGUGAAGUUGACCCUCUCCGGUGUUCGUGUCCGCUGUCCUCCGCUCCAACAUGCGUCUCCUCCUGCCGACAUGGGAUGUACCCGCUCUGAGUGGACACUAACCGCCGGCUCCGCCGCUGCUUCUGUCCGUGUUGUGGUCUCUGUCAGCCGGGGAAACCCUGCAGCGCGAGUCUGAGCGUUUUUCUUCUUUCAAUCAACACCGAGCCGCGUUUACCUUCCUGUCGCUUCAUUUAUGGACAACUGAAGCUCCGACUGAGACCGUUUGUAAUUUCCGUUCACACAGCCGAAGAUGGAGACGGUGCUUGAGAGGGAGUGCAGCGCGCUGGGGGGGCUCUUCCAGACUGUCAUAGGAGACAUGAAGGGCAGCUACCCAGUCUGGGAUGACUUCAUCAGCAAGGCCAGCAAACUACAGUCACAGCUCAGGACGACGGUUGUUGCCGUAGCAGCUUUCCUGGACGCCUUUCAGAAGGUGGCCGACCUGGCAACCAACAGCCGAGGAGGGACGAGGGACAUCGGUUCAGCUCUCACCAGGAUGUGCAUGAGGCACCGCAGCAUUGAGGCCAAACUCCGCCAGUUCUCCAUGGUGUUUCUGGACUGUCUGAUCAACCCUCUACAGGAGCAGAUGGAGGAGUGGAAGAGAGUAGCCAACACUCUGGACAAAGACCACGCCAAAGAGUAUAAGAAGGCCCGUCAGGAGAUCAAGAAGAGAUCCUCAGACACUCUGAAGCUGCAGAAGAAAGCAAAGAAAGCUGAUGUAUUUGGCCGUGGGGACCUCCAGCCUCAGCUGGACAGCGCCAUGCAGGACGUCAGUGACAAGUACCUGCUGCUGGAGGAGACGGAGAAGCAGGCGGUGAGGAAGGCGCUGGUGGAGGAGAGGAGUCGCUUCUGCUGCUUCGUCUCCAUGCUGAGGCCUGUUGUGGAGGAGGAGAUGUCCAUGCUGGGGGAGAUCACUCACCUCCAGACUCUGACAGACGACCUGAAGGCGUUAACUAUGGACCCACACAAGCUGCCGGCCUCCAGCGAGCAGGUAAUUGUAGACCUGAAGGGCUCCGAGUGCACCUGGUCCUACCAAACUCCGCCCUCGUCGCCAAGCACCACCGUAUCCAGGAAGUCCAGCAUGUGCAGCAGCCUGAACAGUGUGAACAGCAGCGACUCUCGCUCCAGCGGCUCACACUGCCACUCUCCCACCUCCCAUUUCCGUUACCGCGCCUCCUCCUCCUCCUCCUCCUCGGUGCUGCCCCAGCAGACGCCCGCCCGCCUCUCGUCAGUCUCCUCCCACGACUCUGGCUUUAUCUCCCAGGACGCCUUCCAGUCCAAGUCCCCCUCGCCCAUGCCUCCAGAAACCUCACAGUUGUCAAAUGGUUUUGACCAUCAUGCUGCCCUCUGUCUGCACGGAGCGGUACUGCAGGCCCAGGACACCCACCUCCACCCUCCAUACUUCACCUACUCCUCCUCCUCCACCUCUCCCAUCUCCUCGCCCUCCUAUUCGUCCGUUCCCCCCACGUGGCCGUGGUCUCGCUCAGGCUCCGGCCAGUCAGGAGAUUUCCCUCCGCUCAGCCCCUCGGGGCUCGGAACGAUCCCAUCAUCCAGAGUCCCAUCCUGGAAGGACUGGGCCAAACCAGGCCCAUAUGACCAGCCAAUGGUUAACACCCUGAAGAGGAGCAAGGAGAGGAGAGAGACUACAGAUCCCAGCAGCCAUCAGAGUGCUGAUGUCACCACACCAGGGGAGGAGCCACAAGGGGUUAAAGGAGGCCACUCUGUGACAUCAGCAAAGGAGGACAGGGAGGCCCAUGAGGAGCUGGCCCGAGCACUGGCCCGAGGCCUUCAGCUGGACAUCCACGGCUCCAGCAGAGACUCGCUGCAGGGCUCCAGUGGCUACAGCAGCCAAACCAACACACCCUGCUGCUCCGAGGACACCAUCCCCUCACAAGUGUCAGACUGUGACUACUACACUGUGGGAGUCGAUCAGGAGGGCGAGCAGCAGCAGUCGUCAGACUUCGACAAAUCCUCCACCAUCCCCAGAAACAGUGACAUCAGUCAGUCCUACCGGCGCAUGUUUCAGUCCAAACGCCCUGCUUCCACCGCUGGCCUGCCCUCCAACCCCUCUGCUGUAAUCACCCCCGGAGUUGCCACCAUCCGACGGACACCGUCCUCCAAACCUAACCUGCGGCGACCCUCCGGAGGCCUCAACCUAGGCCCCAUCCCCAUCAAGCCCCCCAUGAUCCCAGUCAAGACCCCCACUGUGCCUGAACAUCCUGGUUUCCCGAGCAGAGCGUCGUCAGAGGAAGGCAACACACCACGGACCCCACUCAGCCCCCCGACCACCCCUCUGUCACCAGGCAGCAAUGGGCCGUUGUCACCAAAGACCAGCCCCUGUAACACCCAGCACCUGUGCAAGGGGUCAGAUCCUCCGACCCCACCACCCCAGCCAGGUGGGCGGGUGUCAGAGUGGGAGCGGCGGCCUCUCCCAGAGCUCCUGGAGGAGACAGAAUAUGGCGAGGUGGAGGACUAUCUGGUGGCUAUCCGACGAGGCGUCAAGCUCAAGAAGACGAUGACCAACGACCGAUCAGCGCCAAGUAUUCACUGAGACGAGAAAGGUUGGUUUGACUUGAGCCAUUUUGCAUCCCUGGCUGUAUUUCAGUAAAUAUACUCUCGAAGGGGCACAAAAUGGUUACUGCUGAGUAAAUGCAAAUGGGAACUAUGACAUCAAAUGAACGCCAAGAACAAGAAGAAGUUGCCCAGAGACUCUGAUCAAGCAUCGGUUUGGAAAUGUCCCCAAAAAUAGUUGAGGGAAUAUUUCAUUUUGGUGUCGUGACUUCAUUUCAGCAAUGUUAAAAUUUGAUGUAAAGGUCUAAAAUCUGCACCUUCACUGGCCAAAGAGUAUUAAUUAAAUUAUGGAUAUUUCAUUUUGGAACAAACAAGUUUACGUACAUACACUCAUAGUUUGAAAAUAUCUGAUACAAACUAAUAAGAGACAAUCAAACUACUGUGUGUAUAAGCCUGAACUUUUUUGUUUGAAAAUGACAGAUCUGAACCAAAAUGAAAUAUCCAUUCAGGAUAUCAGCUUUCCGUCAAGUAUCGAUCAGAAAGUGUACUUGUCCAGACCAAGACUUUCUCCACAGUGCCACAUAUUGUUGUUUGGAGAACUCACUGAAGCACUUCUCCCUUUAAAAAGAAACCUGCAGCCUCUUGCAAGUUGAAAACGGUCAAAUUGCACUUGACAAAUUUCAGUUAAGUUACUCUCUGAGCUCACUACUGGGAACACAGAUGCUGAUCUGAGAUCAUUUCCUCAGGGCAACUUCAGCAUAUGAAAGACAAGGUGUGAAAGGUCAUCGUUGUCAAACGUGAGCGAGUUGUUCUUGUAGCAGAACUGAGAUGAAACAAAAAUUUAAUGAGUGUCGUAAUAAGGAAAAAGUGAUGAUAGAUGGAGUAGAGAAAAAUGAAACAUGAGCCGGAAGAAGUGAUGGAGUAUUUUCAAAAGAUCAAAUCAUUAUUUGUAUGUACAUAUUUAUAUUUUGAUGUGUUUGUAUGUUUUGUUUGUCAUAUGCUCCCUUUACAUCCCCGUAGUCUCCCAUUUUCCACGAAAGGUGCCAAAAGCCUGUGUGCGGAAUUUAACUUAAAUAUUCUCUAUUUAAUUGAAAUUAUGCUGGAUUUUCUGUAAUAACAUAAAUAGGAUGUUUGAUAAAUCAAGACAGCCUGAAAGAAAAACUGAGCUUCUAUGGAACUGAAAGAGUAUUUGUAUAUGUAGGGUAGCAUAUUGCGGAGUGGCAUGUAAACAUACACGUAGCGACUAAGGAUUUUUGUUCUUACAGCCAUUAAUAUCACAUACAGUAGAUUGACCUGCAUGUUCUUAAGGUUUGCCCCAGUAUAAACAAUCAUUGUGGCUCUUUAAUUUAUAGAUUUCUAAGUCAGUUAAGCCCAUAAUGUGCCUGCAGUGGUUGUAAGCAGUGUCAGCAGUAGUGGAUGCCUACAGCUUGCUAGAUUAAGUCUGCUGUUAGCUGUACAAAACAAAACAACGCCCUGUCUUUGAUUCUGUAAACUGAAAUUAAAUAUAGGGACUGAUUUGUAGUGGAUCCGUAUUUGGCUUUUUUUCCUAACGGCAACUUUUUGGUGAAGCACUUCUGAAGUUUUAAAAAUGACAAAUCAAAGCAAGAGAAAACUAAACCAAUAAUACCUAUUACAAGUACCGUUAAGUAUGUUAGCAUACACUUGAAGUCUAUGGUAGUAAUAGAAACUGUUACUACAGGUUCCUUGUUACUACUUAGCCGUAGUAAUUGGAGUAAUGUGGAUUAGUGUAUUGGUCUGUCGUAGUGAAGCCUGUGUUCUGAGGGUGAGCUGCAUUUAGCUGGUCACAGAUGUAAACAGUUGUGAACUUGUAGGGCUUGAACUAUUUUUGUGAAGCUACAGCUGAGUCAGAUUUUUAUUACUGGGACAGUGUACUACAGUUAGAGUGUUUUCAUUCUGUCACACACAGAUUUAAAGAUACACUCCAUGAUUAUGCUGUAGUGCCCAAUGGUGCCCCCCCAAACGAGUGCACUACUAAAAUCAAGACAAGUAUAUUGAAGGUUUUUACUUUGUUUUUGUAGAAUAGUUGUGAUUUAUUAAUCAGGGUGGAGCAAAAUUUGUCAUUUGAAAAUUCACGAAACAAGAAAGUAGUCAAUUUCAACUCUGACAUUAAAAAAGAAAAUCCAGAGACUGUUAGUUCACUGUCCCAGUACUGAACAGAAACUGAUCCAAUUAUACCACUAGAAAGUGUACAUUUUCUGGGAAGAGAGCAGGUGCACAAUUUCCUAAAAAGUUAUAUAAACUGGUCUGGAGUUUAGCUGUCUUUAGUCCUAAACAGUUGUUGUGCUCACUACAGCCAUCAAACAACAACUGUCCAGUAUAUACAGUGCUUUUCAGGCAGUCUACCAUCCCCUCUGGCAGCCAUGUUGGAGGUCCAUAACUCUUUGACAGCAAAGAUUAUGGUUAAUUAUGUUCCUUAAUGUACCUUAAUUGGACAGUACUUGCCUAAGCCUUUGGAGCAAAAUCCACUAUGUAGACAAAUAAAUUUAGUUUUUUAAAAUAAGUAAGUUCAAUUUUGAUUUUGUUUGAUGUUUUCAUAUUUUGUUGAGUAAAUAUCUACAUUUUGCUUAAAUUCAUGCACUUCUUAGUAGAAGCUAGCACUGUAGCAUCUGAACAAAUGUAAUUUGUUGGGGCAUCUCAGUUUGUUUGAACAGCUGUGCAGACCCUUCACCACUAAGAUUUUAAGAUAGACCUCCAUAAUGGUGCCAGAUGAGGCUAAUACAGUAGAUCUAUGACCCAACUGAAAACCCACUCUUAGCUGUGGUUAAACACCAGCAGGCUCUGCUGUGUACUGAUGUUUAUGUGUAACUGCGACAAAUAUAUAAUCCUGUAAUAGCCUGUGAUUUACUAAAUGUCAGGUAACUCGAUGAGUUAAAAAUCUAACUUGUACUAGCGGUUGAUUAGCAUAACAAGCUAAAAUACACAAAACUUUCCCUGUUGCUACUUAGAGACUGUUAAUAGAGUCACCACAAGCCAAAUUAUUUAUGUAUUUAUUCAUUUAUCAUCAGUUUUAUUUGUAGUUUUCCACGUUCUUAAUCUCCAAACUGUACUGUCGAGCAUAUAAAACCUAUUAACAAAUGUAUUUAAUAUGCAUGUGGCCUUUGUUUAGUUAAACAAAGAUUUAAUAGACAGCUUUUUUCUACUGGAACUACUUUUUUUUCUCAGUUGGUCUGCCUCUAAUGGACCAGAAUGCAUUUCACACGCCACCCAUCAUCUGGUCUUGUUUUCCCUACAGGGAUCAUUGAUGUUUCAUAUUUUAUGUGACAGCAGUUUGACACCCUGUAUGAUGACUGAAGCCUGUCUGUUUUUGUAUCUGUUCUCACUCUGUUCAUUUUCCAGCGCAGGUCAACGAAUACGAUCAUGUAGCUGAUGCGAUAACAAGCGUAUGAAGCUGAAUGUUCGAGCCUGUGAGGACUCUGUAACUGUGUGUGUUAUCAAUGAUCUGAAUGAUGCUGACACACACUGAGGAUUAGAUCAGUGAUUAUUAGAAAUCACAUCCCUUAGUAAUAGAAAACACAGAAUUAUUUGCUCACUUAGCACAUCCAGUCAGAAUAUCAUGUUGCUCUGGAUACACGUUCGAUCAAAAAUCUCUCGUCCAGUCCUCAGUGUUUGUCCAUUUUUGUCCCUGAGCUGUAAGUAACAGCAGCUGUCAGUGUGUUCCUGCCCUUAAACGUUUAGCCUUUCAUUUGAGACAAGUUGCCAAAUUUCUUACAGUAUAUGCUAAAUGAUGCUCUGGGCUUGAUUCUUUUAUUACAUUUUUUUGUAUCUUAUAUCAGGUGCUCUUCUGUAAUGUUUCCCUCGUGCAUUUCAUAGGUAAACAUGAAACAUUGAAACAUUUAAAGAUGAUUAUCUGCCUUUUUCCAUCGUAGGAAUCUGUUGCCUUUGCUGAGGAAUAUCUAAUUUGGAAUUAAGGUUAAUGAACAAUGUGAACUGGCUGCAAAGUAACAAAAAACAUAAUUUACUCCAACAAAAAAAACUCCAGUUUAAGAGGUUUGACUAAUUUGUGUUUUUGUUAUUUCAUAAUGUUUGACAUUUUCCCUUAAGACGCUAAAAGACUGGCUAACAUCCGGUGAGUUUAGCAUUCAAGUCAAUAAGUGACUGAAACGUCCAGGGUUAAUGGAGAUGGACAUCUAGGACCAUGACCAGGUCCUUGGCUUAUAGCUUUUAUUUCAUUGAUUUUGUAUAAAAAUUCACGAUUCAUAAACAGAACAGAGUUAAUAAAUAUAACAGCUGAUAUGCUGUCAAAAUAUAAUACAUUUCCUAAAGCUCAUAAAUCUGAGUCUUUCUCCUGACAUUUGGGGCCCAUGUAAAACUAACAGCAUUUAGAAAGCAUCACUGCUGAAUGCUUAUGUGACUUUAAUGAUUAACUUUGUGGUUUUUAGCUAAAAAUAUUCCUUUUAACUUUAUUUUAUCAAAGUGGCACAUGAAUGUAACAUUUGAACAUCAGCUAAAAGGUCGACAAGCUUUUCAUCUAAUUUCAGCCAUAUUUGUAAAUUUCUGAUGAUUCUUACAAACAACAAAUAUCAGAUAACAACUUAAUUUAACAGGUUUAUGACAUAUUUUUUAGCAUUUAAGAGGGAAACUUUUAAGAUAAUAAUUUUAUUACCCAGCAGGUAUCAGUCUUAUCUGUUGCUGUGACACACACAGUCCUGUCUGUGGUGCUAGAAGUAAUGGCAACCUGUUUUGUUUUUCUGUUUUUUAAUUAAUUACUGGGGUGACCUGUUUCUUAACCUCUGGUUCUUGUAUGUUAUGUUUAAUGUUCAGUUCCUGAAUACUAACGGUCUCCUAUUUUCUAUGUAUACGAGCUGUUUUGGCUAAAUAAUAAAAUCGUAGCAUACGAUGUGCAUCUGA